CGGAUUCUAAGAAAUGUAAUUGUCUGCGCGUCGCGUAAACAAUUCGGAGAAUUCUAGUCAAGUAGGAAUCCAGGAUUUUCUAGAUGAAUUCCGAAUAUACUGAAGAAGAACCUUGAGUAAGUCAGACUUAAUUCGAUAUUUGUCGUGUGUUUUGAUAAGUGAACUUUGUAUAAAGUCAAUUAGUUUAAUAAAAGUUUUAACUGUUUUUGUAGGGAAUUUUAGUGAACUCGGAAUCCGUGACAAUAUUCAAAUGGUGCUAAUAAUAGUUUUGUCUUAGGUUGUGCUAAUUUUGGGCAUCAGUGGUGCUUGUAGUUGUAAAGAGUGAUGAAUUAUGAUGAUAUUAAAGAUGUUGGAUCUGUAUUGAUUGUUAUAGGAUUCAAAAACUAAUCCUGAGGAAAUCUUCACGUCUUCUCAGUUCGGAAUACAUUGGGAUGUAUAUUGUCGUAUCUAGGAUAAUAGGGCUUCUCCCUUCGGUUAAUUAAACCCAAUCGUCUUCCAAUAACCAUUAUUCUAUAUUAAUCAAGCAACCAUGAUGCGUGACCGCUGAUUAUAAUAAUUACUAGUGAACUGUCAUUGACAUUGACCUUCCGUGGGUUUAGGUUCCUUGUACGUACGAAUUAAUAAUUCAAUAAUUCGUUCAACUUGCAACCGAAUGUUAUUUAAAUAUAACGUGAUCAAUGAUUUUCCUGAAGCUCAUGAACUUUUUUUGGACGACGAUUGGGUUUAAUUAACCGAAGGGAGAUGCCCCUAUUAUUUUAGAUACGUCAAUAUACCUAGUUUCGCGUCCAUUUUAUGUUUCGAGUAAGUAGUCGAUUAUUGACUACUCGAUUUUAACGUACGUACCAUAUCUCACAACAACCCUUUCCUUUUUGAUAAUUGCAUCUUCUUCAGAGAUUUAUGUAGAAAAUACUUGUUUCAGAUGAUGACUCGGAUAUUGUUUUGUUUAUCAAUCUGUUUUAACAAGCAACUCAAAGUAUGCUCUCGUAAUUUUGUCGAAAUAAGACUCGAUAACUUUUCUGAUUCCAAGUAUUCCAAGAUUGUACAAUUUUGAUAGGAAACACCUGUUUCUCGAGUAGAUAAGUAGAAACCAAUCUAGUUUUCCUAAAUUUUGUAACAGUGUAAAAAUUGAAAAAUAAUUUAAAAAAUACGUCAUCAGGUACCUACUUAUAACCAUUGUCUGAUAAAUCCAACAGAAACAAUUUUGUCAUUCUCAUUAUUUCAUAUGAUCAAAUUUUUUUGAUAAGAGUUCAUCAUCUGAAAUAACAUACGUUAAUAAACAAAGAAGCAAUAAUGAAGAUUUAUUUACCUAUUUGCUUGUUUUUUGGAUUCUGCUCUUCGAUUGCUUUUGCAAUAAAUGAAAAUGAAGUUCGCAAUUUCGAUUUUGAUCGAGAUUUGUCUCCGGAAGAACUUGAGGAACUUAGGGGAUUGGUCAAUAAGGAACUGAAUCUUCAUGAUUUAUCGAAACUGCAAAAUACCAUCAUCGAAGUAGAGUUAAACGAUUAUAUGGAUAGGCUCCUGUCGAACGUCAGAGAAUUGAUAAUUAAAAAUGGAAUUGAUCCCACUUCUUUACCUGACCAAAAAAUUGACAUUCACGUUGGUAAAACUAAGUUGACAGAGGGGCAGCUUAAUGAUACUUCUAAAAUCGAAAGAUACGAAAAUGCCACUCUUUCAUAUAAUACGGACACACAAAAACUAAUUGCCCAAAUGACUAUAAGAUUUGAGGAUUUAAAGUUUAUUUACAAAUAUCAUACUAAAGUUACAUUUAUCAGUAUGACUGGACACGUUCAUGGAAAUGUGAAACACGUCCACAUCAACGUGCAACUUGGAUUUGACCUAAAACAAGGAUUACUAUUCGUGAAUUCCAUUAAUUUCAAACAUACUGGGUCUAUUACAAUCAAAGUAUCUGGAAACUCUCUUAUUGAUUGGAUUACCGACGCAAUGAGCUUCGUUAUUACUGGAGUUCUUCAUGACCUAAUCCUGAGCACCAUUAAAAAUAUAAUUGCCAAUCCAAUUAAUUCCAUUGUUGAAACUGUUAAUAAUUUUUUGCAUCCAACAUCGUUUCUUUAAACUUGAUUGUAAAUAAAUACUGGAUUUAUAUAUUAUGUUAGUGUUAGAGUUUAAUAAACUUUGCAGUGGUAGUACUAUCGGCGUACCUUUGGCGAUCGGCAAGUUACGACAAGAGUGUAGUCUGGAGGCUCUUAGUGACAAACCGGCACGUAGGUAGCGGAUAGUGUGAUCGCCGUUUUGUUCAAGGAUUGGCUGUAGAGCAACUCGUGGGCUGCAUCCGUGACUGAGCAGCCCUAUUUAGAAUCCACUCUGCUCACCCUGAAAGGGACGGUGCUAUAAGAGUUGCUCUAAAAAUCGCCAUCCAACAGCUGCCCGACUGAAUCACCACGUCCAGAGGGUGCACCCCAUUUUGUCUGUCGAAACAAAACAAACUCAAUAUUGUCAGGUGGAAUAUUCGUACACCUAUGGAUACCAGCACAAAUACAAGAUCAAAACGAAGAAAGCUAAUGUGUUAUGAAAUAAAAAUAGAAAUAAAGUGAAAAUUAAAACAUAGAGACGUGACAAUCUAGCAAGGUGGCCACAGUACUACAAGACGAGAAAGGACACCGUCAUUUCUAAAAGCUGCCGAAUAAGUCUUGCAGUGGAGAGUGGUGUGGGUGAUUAAAUAAAAAGCGCCACCUGUUUAAAUGCCCUUCAAUUCAACGAAGUUCCUAUAACAAAAAAAAAAAAAGAAAACAGGAAAACUCAACAGCUAAACGUUACUGCACCUGUCAAACUAAAACUGCCUGAAAGGGUACAAUGAAACGCCUCGAUUCAGAUCAAUAAAUGUAAUCGAAUUUGACCUCAAAUAUUAAUUACACUUACAAUAAAUUGAAAAUUGAAAGCGCUCCUAAAUAGUCCCCGGCGAAAAUCAGCUGGUGAACAAAACAAAAAAUAAUAACUGAUAAGCUAGGAUACUAGAAAUAGUCGGUACCUACCUACUUUAAAUAACUACACAAUCGUCGAAACAUGAGUAAAUCAA